UGUAAAUAGUUAGUUUACUCUCAGCUGACAGUCCGACCGGUUCUUUACAAUCCAGAAGAGGGAAAAAUUCCACCGAGGUAUGCUUCUGCCUCAUAACAAGUUUUAUUUAUAAAUUCGAGAAAGCACUACUGAAGCUUUCGGUUCAGGACGAAAGUUAAACUGAUGGCCUCCACGUGGUGGGAGCGCCACUCCAUGUCGGCGACUGAUGGCACUGCUCAUGUGGACAACAGCAGCUGUUUCAGUGCCACGCAGAGCACCGUGCUAAAGGGGGUGAAUUUCGGAGGAGUGCCCAUCGUUCUGCUGAUGGACUUUUCGCUCUUCGUGGUGCUGCUAAUAAUCUUCACUCUGAUCAGAAGGAGACUGUGGGAUUAUGGGAGACUGGCUCUUGUUGCAGAGAAUGAAGGGUUCAGAGAUGCUAAUAAACGGCGUUACAGUAGAAUGACGUCAUCCAUGUCUGUUGAGGAGCCUGAAUACGAGAAGGGUUGCUGCUCUUGGGUCUCGUUUAUUGUCAAUAUGGAUGAAACUUCGAUCAAGGAGAGAUGUGGCGUGGAUGCAGUACAUUAUCUGUCGUUUCAGAAGCACCUGGUUGUCCUGCUCUUGUUCAUCUGUGUGCUGUCUGUCACCAUCAUCCUACCAGUCAAUCUGUCCGGAGACCUGCUGGGCAAUGAUCCCUACAGUUUCGGGAGAACCACCAUUGCGAAUCUCAAGCAGGGUGAUCCGCUGCUUUGGCUGCACACUGUAUUUGCAGUUUUAUAUCUCAUGAUAACGGUGGCCCUGCUGAGACGACACACCUCGAAAAUGAAGGGAACCAAGAGAGAGAUAGCCAGAAACACCCUGUUUGUGAGGCCUGUUCCCACUGCAGCCAGUGAAGAGAGUAUAAAAACUCACUUUAUGGAGGCGUACCCUACCUGUGAAGUGACUAAUGUUAGCUUGUGUUAUGAUGUUGCCAAACUGAUUGACAUAAACAGAAACAGAAAACGGGCAGAAAAUAAUCUGCGACAUUACAAUAAGAUACUCCAGCGCCAGGGAAAACGCGAGCACAUCAACCCGCGCCCAUGCAGCCAACUGUGCUGCUGCUGCUGUUACUGUAAAGGCUGUGAAGAGGUUGAUGCUAUAGAGUACUAUAGCUCACAAGAGGCUGCUCUGCAUGAGGAGGAAGAGAAACUGAAACAAAGUGAACACCUGCAUCCUCUGGGCAUGGCGUUUGUCACCCUGCAAAAUGAGUACAUGGCCACUUAUAUUCUGAAAGAUUUCAAUGCUGUGAAGUGUGGAGGCGGAGUAAGGGGUGUGGUUGGAGAAGAAAUGGGCGGAGGAAUCUGGUGUGGGUGUGGCCGGGAGCCACAGCCGUCCUCUAAGAGCGCAGAACUGAGGGUGCACAAAUGGAAAGUGAAUUACGCUCCUCACCCAAAUAAUAUCUACUGGGAGAAUUUGUCACUACCUUGGUGGCGCUGGUGGCUACGCUUUACCUUGCUGAAUGUUCUACUCUUCGUCCUCCUCUUCUUCCUCACAACGCCCUCCAUCAUCAUCAGCACCAUGGACAAGUUUAACGUCACCAAGCCCAUUCAUUAUUUGAAUAGUGCUGUUAUCAGCCAGUUCUUUCCCACUCUUAUGCUGUGGACUUUCUCAGCCCUGUUGCCCACCUUGGUGUAUUACUCUACACUGGGAGAAGCCCACUGGACCAGGUCCAGCGAGAAUAUGAGCAUGAUGUACAAGCUCUACAUCUUCCUGAUCUUCAUGGUGCUAAUUUUGCCCUCACUAGGCCUCACCAGUCUGGCCGUGUUUUUUCGCUGGUUGUUUGAUAAGCAGUCUGAGGGGAGGCUGAAGUUUGAGUGUGUGUUUUUACCGGAUCAGGGGGCGUUCUUUGUAAAUUACGUGAUUGCGGCGGCUCUGGUGGGCUCUGGCAUGGAGCUGCUGCGGUUGCCAGGGUUACUGCUCUACAUUGUGCGUCUGGCACUCGCGACUUCGGCUGCUGAGAGGAAAUAUGUUAAACAGAAUCAGGCGUAUGAGUUUCAAUACGGAGCGAUGUACGGAUGGACGUUGUGUGUGUUCACGGUCAUCAUGGCGUACAGCAUCACCUGUCCUGUCAUCGUCCCAUUCGGUUUGCUGUACCUACUGCUGAAACACCUGGUGGACAAACACAACCUGUACUUUGCUUACCUGCCCGCCCGCCUUGAUCGGCAAGUUCACUUAGGAGCUGUCAAUCAAGCGCUGGCUGCACCAAUCAUAUGCCUGUUGUGGCUGUAUUUCUUCUCUGUGCUCAGAACAGGCUUCAAGGCGGCUACGUCACUGUUCACUUUAGUGGUUCUCUGUGUGACUGUCUUUAUCUGUUUAAGUUACACCUGCUUCGGACACUUCAAAUACCUUAGUCCACACAACUACAACGUUAAAGAGGAAGAUGAAGACGCAGAUAGAGUUUCACAAAGCUCAACUGCAUCGGUGUAUCUGCCCAAAGUUUUGAACCCAGAUGCAUCACCCGAAUCUGAUAAAGGCAGCAGUCACCAUUCAUACGGCACAACAGACACAAGCCCGCCCUUCCUCAGCACGGAGGAAGACUGUUCGGACUUGGAUAUCUAACAACAAUAAUCAGUCAACCAAAUACAACUGGAGGAAACGAUUCUUUUCGUAUAGGAGGUUGGAGGUCAGUGUGGAGAUGGAGGGGAUGUGCUUUUAAAAACGGGAUCUUCUGGAAAAGAAGCUUUUCACUUUUUUUAUACACACUGAAAGACUUGAGGAAUAUUUAAUCAUAAAAUGCCAUAUAACAAACCUAAAGGAGCUUUUCAGGAUCAAUUCUUCUCGCCAAAGACUAAACUCUUUUCUAUAAUGCCAUUCAAACACACAGUCCAAAACAUUUCUACAAAACCAAGUGAGCACUUGCCAGGGAGUACAAAAAUUUAACUUGAGUAUAUCAAAGUGCUUGAACUGACACAUGUGCCUUGUUGCUUAAUACACUUUAUAACUGUA